AUGACUUCCUUUGGGAGAGUACUCCAGCAGCUCACUGUUCGUCAGGCAAGGUCAAGAUACAGAUUGACAGGACCCGAAAAUGCGGUACCACUCCCACCGUACACAGCAUGCCAGACUUGUUCUUCGCAUGGAACAGCCGCUUGUGCUUGUAAUAUCCACGGGAUCGGGACUACUGCAAGGAGGAUUGAGACACGAGAUAUCAUUCGAGUUUACGGUUCCUCCAAGGAUAAUAGGUUCGGUGUGCCAACAUUUUUGUCACCAUCAGCAGGUCCAGGAAGAUCAUUCACUCCUUCCCCCGAGCUUAGGGCAAUGCGAUAUGACGCCCAACGAGAUCUCGGUCGAUUACAGUAUGCAACUUAG